AUGAUAUACGCACUUUUUGGUUAUAUUAUUUCAACAAUAGUUGGAAAUGAAUCCGACGAUAUAUUAUUUAACAGUAAAGAGAAUCAAAAGAUGAACUCAGAGACUCCAAAGAAUGAAAGCCAUUCAGUUUCAUCAUCGAAUACCAAAUUUUCGAAAAGAGAAUUCCUAUCAAGUUCAACUCAACAGUUAAUGUUAGAGGAUAAAUCAGCAAUACCACUGCAUUCAAUUUAA